AAAGGUCACUACGGCAAGCUGAGGCGGACAGAAAGAGCGGCGCUGAGUAAACAUUAGCAGGAGUUCACUGUUAUUCUUCUGUGGCUGGACAAAUAGAUCGAAUAUUCCCCCGUCAGAUCUGAUCCACAGGAGGUGAGGAAAUCUGCAGUGUGAUGAGACUGAAGGACAGCUCUGGGCAGCUCAGACUGUGGAGCUGGUUCCUGCUGUGCUCCAGCUGUCUGCUGUGUGUAUGUGCUCACGGAGGACAGCAUGGAGAACCAGCUGCUUCAGAUCAAGAGCCUCCUCCAAUCACCCGGCUGGACAGGAAUAUGGUUCAGGAUAAAGAGCACAUCAUGGAGCAUUUAGAAGGAGUGAUUGAGAAGCCCGAGUCAGACAUGACUCCUCAAGAGCUUCAGCUUCACUACUUCAAGAUGCACGACUACGAUGGCAACAAUCUGCUGGACGGACUCGAGCUGGCCUCCGCCAUUACUCAUGUUCACAGAGAGGAAAGAGGAGAUAACAGCCAGCCAAUGAAGGAAGAGCAUCUCAUUAACCUCGUUGAUGAGGUUCUCCGAGACGACGACAAAAACAAUGAUGGCUACAUUGACUAUGCAGAGUUCGCGAGGUCUCUGGAGUAAAAGAGGAGAGGAAGAGCCGCUGCCUUACUGUGAAUGCAGAUUACCUCUGAUGUACACAUCUCCAGCACAUUCCUUCAUGUGUGUGUUUUCACAGGCACAGUAUAAUCGUGCUUCAGCCUAACCUGUAAUAAAUGUCAUACGAUCAAGUGGUGAGGGUCAUGAUGAAGUGACAUGAGAUGUUUUGUAUGUAUGCCAUCAUUGAAACAUGUAUUAGUUGUUUCACUCACAUCUGCGUAUGUCUUGUCAGAAUGGACCUUAAUGUAUAAACUGCCAAAUGUAUACAAUGUAAACGAGCUACGUUGGUAAAGUGGAUUAUUAAUUGCUGCUGUGCUGAUAAAUGAUGGCAAAUGCGUGCUUUUUCUGCCUUAAAGGGAUUAUCACUGUUACUGUCAUUACAAAAAUACCCAUUCAAAAUCAUCUGCAGUGACUGAAUAGUUUACUGUUAAGCACAAAGCAUCUACCGAUCUAGAUUUGGGAUUAUCUAGAUUUAUAUAUAAAUGGGCCGUAUGCCUGUUUGGCCCUGUACAUCUUAAUGAAUCCCUCUGUAGCCCUAAUGUUCAUUUGCUUGACAUUAAAAACUGGUACCAGAUUAUUAGAAAAACAGGAAUGGGAAUUGUGUCCUCUGAAAUAUAAUGGUGCACUGAUUUUCAGCUUGCUAUUAGAGUCUGAAUGUACACAAAAUGUUAUAUGGGUCAGUGAGAGGAUGCAAAUUUUGCCUGAAUUUUUUAGGAAAUACAUUUAAAAUGUCAUUUAUCCAUAUAGAGAAUUUAAUGCAUUUAGUUUUCAUUAUGUAAAAAAUAAA